UGUUCAGUCUCGACGCGCGCAAGCCCGUGCACGUCCGCCGUCGCUCCGUUACCGCCAUACACAGCUUCGCGCGACAAAAAAAACACCACGCGCUCUUAUUAAUUUGUUUUACCGACAACCCUCCCCCCGAAUUUCGGUGUCACCCGCAAGAGCAUGCGCCCCGAGCAGCUGCUGUAGCCCGGGACGCUAUAACGACAACGACCGCGACCGAGACGUGCCGUUGCCGCGGACCGAGAUAAGAGCUGUGGUCGUCGCGAAACCCGAGAUAAAAAAGAAAAUUGCCUGUAUACCGUAUAGUGUUUACCGCGUUUUACAAAAUAUUUAACUGUUGGUUUUGUAUUUUUCCUGUCGCAAAGUGCACGGGCACGGACAAAGUCGCCGCCAACACACGUUUUCGCCUAUCAGAUUUAUAUAAAGUCUGUCGCCGACGGACAGGGUGUGCGCCGCCGCCGUUGCCGAGUACCGGUGUCGAUCCCUGAGAGGAUCUGCGACCCCACACGACACGGUAACGUCACGCCACAGCUGUCUCAUGCGGACUCUUAGAUCGCCUCAAAAGAUCAAGAUCUAGAGGACGCAAACGCCGAUCGGUCGACCCUGCGACAACCACUCGGCGCCAACCGUUAUAUCCGAAACGACGCGCCGCAUUGGCAGCCCUGAUGGGCGUGUUUGAAGACCUGGCCAAUCAGAAACCCGGAAUGCAUUGGCAGCAUGACCGCCAUCACAUGCUGGCCAACCCGUACGACCCGUCCAGAGACCAAAGCCCGAAUCUGCCGACCACGUCGUGUCGCGACCAAGAGCUGACCAACGUGUACGGCGGUCACGGGCAGUGUUGUGCGUUUAAGACCGAGUUCGAUGACGACUGCCCCGACUGCAAAAUUCCACCCCCGACCCCGUCGACGGUGCUUACUGACGGCGGCUACAGGGGCGGUUCUCUGGCCGUGCCAUGCAAACUUGAACGCGACUGCCUGCUGCAGGGGUCGUCGCCCGGUGCGGGCUAUGGAUCUCCCGAACCGUCCUCGCCCAGCGUGUCGUACACUUACGAAUCGCCGGAUAUGGCAGUCGCCCCCAAACUAGAAGAGCCCGAAGUCAACCUCUGCGACGGCUGUGGGAUGAAAAUCUUAGAUCGUUACUAUCUGUACGCCGUGGAAAAAAGAUGGCACGCGUCCUGCCUACAGUGUUCCCAGUGUUCCCGGACCUUGGCCGGCGAACUCAAGUGUUUCUACAGGGACGGAAACAUCUACUGCAAGAGCGACUACCAAAGGUUACACGGUAUCCGUCGGUGCGGUCGGUGCCAGGCGGCCAUAUCGCCUUCGGAGCUGGUGAUGCGAGCUCGGGACACUGUUUUCCACGUGCCGUGCUUCAGCUGCGUCGUGUGCUUGACCGUGCUUACCAAAGGCGACCAGUUCGGCAUGAGAGACGGCGCCGUGUUCUGCCAGCACCAUUAUCAGCAACUUGGACCUCCAACGUUAGCGCCAUUGCGGCCCAUGCCAGCCGUACCACCGCCGGCCCCGGCCCAGUCCCCGUACCCUUCGCCGUCGGUCAGGGGCGUCGUAGGGAUGGACUGUCCCGGUACGCCCGUAGGAGGGUUCUACAACGGCGGCGGCGGUGGAGGAAACGUUGCGGGUGGACCGGUCACAGCAUCUGUCGCGCCCACGCAGCCUCGGCAGAAGGGCCGACCUAGGAAGCGCAAACCCAAAGAUUUGGACGCCAUGGCCGCCAAUAUGGACAUGAACUCCAGCGAUUCUUACAACAUGGAAAUGACCUUCGGACCGAACGGUCUGUCUUCGGGCCCCGGCGGCAACGGAGGAUCCGGACAUCAGAGGACCAAGCGAAUGCGCACCUCUUUCAAACACCAUCAGCUGCGAACCAUGAAGUCGUACUUCCACCACAACCAUAACCCAGACGCAAAGGAUCUCAAACAAUUGUCUCAAAAGACGGGCCUGCCCAAACGGGUGUUACAGGUGUGGUUCCAAAACGCACGGGCAAAGUACAGGCGGACGGCCACCAAGCAGGACGGCCUGGGCAGCGGUCAGUUAUCCGCGCCGGCUUCCAUCAAACCGGACAAGAGCUGCUCGGAGAGUUCAACCGGGUCUACCGGCAUUGAAGCUGUCAUGUACCACCAACAGCAGCAGCAGCAGCAACAGCAGCAGCAACAGCACCACGGGUCCAUGCAGAUGAGUAGCCCUCGAAGUUACCUGGGCACAUCGUCGCCCAUGGAAUGCGGUUCUUAAAUCGAAAAAUAAAUCGUUGUCCUUCUCACCCCUAUAUGAAUGCUCCCCCUGCCGUUUCCUCGUAGAAAUCAUAAUUAUAUAUUAGAUAGUUUUGAAACGAUUCGAAUCAACAUCAUUUGGAAGGAACAAAAACAAAUCGUCGUGAGCCAGUUUAUACGUGCAAUAUUUUCGAUAUCUAUAUUAAGUUGUUGUUUAUUUUAUGUUUUAAUCAAAUACCUAUUUAUAUUGUUGAAAGUAUAAAAAAAAAAAAGUUGGAAAAAAAACUAAUAAUUUUUAGUUGUCAAUAGUCGUUUGCCAGUAACUUAUAUUUAUAUACCUAUAUAUUAUAUAAUAGAUUAACGAACUUUGUGUACAUAAAACAAAUAUUAUGAUGACUGUAUAUAAACUCAUUUACUUAUUAAUUAUAAUUGUUCUUACUUCCUUCGUGUCUAUAA